AUGCUUACUCCGCGCACUUCACCACCUCCGACGCUGGGCCGACCGGGGCGGUCUAUAGGGAAAAGGCGGUCUAUACAGAAUAUGGGGACACCGCCGGUACCUCUUUGGGAUAUGGCGGGGGUGUCUACACCGCCUGUACCUGCGCGGGACAAGCGCGACAAACACCUCUACACACCUCAGCCCAGCUUCGACUCUCCCGCCGCCAAUUUUGGCAGUCCCCGUCCUUCCCCUCGGCCACUGUACGAUGUGACGAGUCCUCGACCGCGCAAUUCUCCCAGACCAGCGCUAAUGACUCCACCCGUCAUCGCGCCGGUCUCGCCCUCGAUCUCCCGUCGCCCAAAACUCCUCCCUGCCAUCCCCCUCGAGAUCGACCCUCCAUCCUACUCUACUCCACGAUCGCGCCGAUCCGUCCAGGUCAACGGAUACCCCCAAGACAAGUCCGUCCAGAUCGUCAUCAACAGCGGAAGGCAAUCCCCUGAAGUACCCCCUUCACCGGCAUUACGGGAAAAGCGGUCAUCCACCUCCCUACGCCGAGCAUGCGUCACGCCCACCCCGCCCCGACCUGCUCGACGAAGAAGAGACUCGGCCGUCUCGCCGAGACAAGUAGAGCUCUUUCCUCCCCAAGCGGACUUUUCGCGCGCAUCCUCCCCUUUCGACGAUUCCGGGUCGGUGUCGACCAUCUCGGAUGCGCCGACACCUCGGGCGACCCCAAGAGCGGUACCGGAGGAGGUCAAGGGGUCUAAGCGGGACUCGACGCAGCGGCGGCUGGAUGCACUGCGGGGAUUGGUGGCGAACCUAGACUUCAAUCAGCCGUGGAGUAUGACGGAUGACGGAGCGGCGGAUAAUCGGGAUAACAGGGCGUUCUGGGCAUCACCAGAUGUACAAGAGACGCUGUGCUCGCCGGCUCCGGCUCCAGCACCUAACCCUCGGUCGCUCUACGCCUCACCCUCCCAAUCAUCUCUACACAUCUCCCGCCCCUUCCCUAUCGCCGACCAAAUCCCCCUCCAGGAUCACGGCUGGGAAGCCAAACCUUCCCCUCGUCCCCGCUCCUCUCGGUCGGAAUCCAACCUCCACACCCCCACGCGCGUCCGCAAAGAACUCUUCAACGUCGCUUCGUCAGGCUAUACCAAAUCCCUCGCUGGUGAGCCGGCCUCGACGAUCGCGCCUCCCACCCCCGAAACAACCUGGCGCUCCUCUUUAUCGUCGGACGCGCUCUUCUACCGCGUACUCGAGACGCGCGGGGCGGACGAGAUCAAGCGCCAAGAAGUCAUGUGGGAGAUGUGCGAGACGGAGCAAGCGUUUCUCAAGUCGAUGCGGAACGUCUUGCGGCUGUUUGCCACGCCGCUCAAGACGCCGCAGGGGAGAUGGAUCGACGGGAUCCCGGAGCGGAUAUCGCAGCUCUUUGACUCGCUCGAAAGCGUCGCACAUGCGCAUAGCGUCAUUGCGGCCGUCCAGCGGGAUAUGCGACGCAAAUCGGAAGUGGUCGAUAUUAAUGCGUUUGUCCGCGCGUUGAAGUCAUGGGUCCCAAAGCUGGAAGUGUACGAGUCGUACCUCCUUCGCUUUGAGCCGGUAGUCGCGCUGGUGGAGGAUCAUAUACGGGAUCCGGGGAGUGUAUUUGGCGAGUUUGUGCGGAUGCAGCUCAAGGAGGAGAUCCUGGGGUCGAUGAGUUUGGGGAGUAUGCUCUUGAAGCCUGUGCAGAGGUUGAUGAAGUACCCGCUAUUCUUGAAGCGCCUACUCGAUGUCACGCCCUGCCAUCCCGAACUCCUCUCCCUUCUCGCCAGCACGGAAUCCAUCAUCCUCACGCUCCAAGCUGCCAAAGCAAAGGAAGAAGACUUUGAUCAGCUCGUCUCGCUCGAAAGUCGCCUCUCGGGCCUUCCGCCAGACUUUGGGCUCGUCCAGCGCGGCCGCAAACUCACAGGCUACGGCUCGGUCCUACGCGUCUAUCCCAACAGCUUUGCGAGCAUGAUGACUUCCUCCCGCUCUUCCGUCUCUUCCUCCAUCUCCUCGGCGUCUUCACCCUGGGAUACCGCCUACUCGGCCUCGACGUGCCGAUCAUCCUCAUUCUCCGUAUCGUCUGUUACGUCCUCGGUGCCCUCGCGGUCCGGCUCCCUGCGUAUGUCCCCAUCGGCAUUCUCGACCUCGCCCAAGCGGCCAGGCGUGUAUCGCUCCCCCUCGUCCGCGUCGUCCACGGCGGGAACCGACUCGUCUCGCCCCAAUACGCCCAGUAUGGGGCGACGACGGUCCAAGGAUGAGCUGGCUUUAUUCAUCUUUGAUGAUCUGGUCAUACUCGCUGCGCCGAGCGAGAAGGCGGGGAUCUUUUCGAGCAAGUCAAAGAAGGAGAAGGGGUGGCGUGUGCUAGGGGAGCAUGAGGGUGGAGUGGGCAAGCUGGUCGAAGUGAAAGAUUGGAGCGGGUUUGGCGGCCUAUCCGCUUUGUUCGUGCUGACCAUCCUCCCACUCGCAUCUCACCUUCGCGAGCCCCUCUUACCCGUCACAAUUUGCCUGACCAUCCCCCCUCCCGCCUCGCCUAGCGCUAGCACCCCCUCCCGGACCCGCACCCCCGCCCUCAACUGCCCGCAUCUCACUACACUGCCUCAUUUCCUCAAUGCCCUGGCGCAGGCCACUACAGCCGGACCCGGGGACGCCAGUGUCUAUAUGGAAGAAAAGGAGAGGGAGGAGGUGUUGUAUUAUCAUCAUAAUGAUAAUCAUCAGGAUGGGGAUCGGGUCGAGAUUGCGUUUGGGACGGAUGAGGGGGAGGAGCAUCCGCUGCAUUCCCUCAGAGCGCUGGGGUAUGCGCAGUAG